CUAAAAUGGCGGCGGCGCGGCUGCCGCGCGCUCCCGUGGUGCUCCGCGCCGCCCUCCGCCCCCGGAAGCGCUCCCGCCGUUGCCGAGGGCCGCGGUGGGUCCCGGCCGCCAUGGGGGUGCCGGCGUUCUUCCGCUGGCUGAGCCGCAAGUACCCCUCCAUCAUCGUCAGCUGCGUGGAGGAGAAGGCCAAGGAGUGCAAUGGCGUCAAGAUUCCCAUUGACACCAGCAAACCCAACCCCAAUGAGGUGGAGUUUGAUAACCUCUAUUUGGAUAUGAAUGGUAUAAUUCACCCUUGUACACACCCAGAAGACAAGCCAGCACCCAAAAAUGAAGAUGAAAUGAUGGUUGCGAUUUUUGAGUAUAUCGACAGGAUCUUCAACAUUGUAAGACCAAGGAGACUUCUCUACAUGGCUAUAGAUGGAGUAGCUCCACGUGCAAAAAUGAAUCAACAGCGGUCAAGAAGAUUCAGAGCGUCAAAGGAGGGCAUGGAAGCUGCUGAAGAGAAGCAAAAAAUAAGACAAGAAAUUCUGGCAAAAGGUGGCUUUCUUCCUCCAGAAGAAGUGAAGGAGAGAUUUGACAGCAACUGUAUCACCCCAGGAACUGAGUUUAUGGACAAUCUUGCUAAAUGCCUCCGCUAUUACAUCGCUGACCGCUUGAACAGUGACCCGGGGUGGAAGAAUCUGACAGUCAUUUUGUCCGAUGCCAGUGCUCCUGGAGAAGGGGAACAUAAAAUCAUGGAUUACAUUAGGAGACAAAGAGCUCAACCAAACCACGACCCAAACACUCAUCACUGUCUGUGUGGGGCUGAUGCUGAUCUAAUCAUGCUUGGCUUAGCUACACACGAACCAAACUUCACUAUAAUUAGAGAAGAGUUUAAACCAAAUAAACCCAAGCCCUGUGCUCUUUGUAACCAGAUGGGCCACGAGGUUAAGGAUUGCCAAGGUUUGCCCAGAGAAAAACAAGGCAAGCAUGAUCAGUUUGCAGACAGUCUUCCCAUGGCUGAGCAGGAAUUUAUCUUCAUCCGGUUAUGUGUUUUGCGAGAGUAUUUGGAAAGAGAGCUCACUAUGGCCAGUCUGCCUUUCACUUUUGAUUUUGAAAGAAGUGUUGAUGACUGGGUCUUUAUGUGCUUCUUUGUGGGAAAUGACUUUCUUCCUCAUCUGCCAUCUUUGGAGAUCAGGGAGGGAGCAAUCGAUCGCUUGGUUAACAUAUAUAAAAAUGUGGUCCACAAAACUGGGGGCUACCUCACAGAAAGUGGUUUUGUGAACCUGCAGCGGGUCCAGAUGAUCAUGUUGGCUGUCGGAGAAGUUGAAGAUAGUAUUUUCAAGAAGAGGAAAGAUGAUGAUGAUAACUUUAAAAGACGACAAAAAGAAAAAAGGAAAAGAAUGAAGAGGGAUCAGCCUUCUUUUAUUCCUGGUGGACAGUUUUCCCCUCAAGCCCUGGGAAAUCGAUCCAGUCCUCAGGCAAUCAGUAACCCCAGACAAGCUGCCUUUGAGAUGAGGAUGCAUGACAGACAGAAUUCUACAACUUCAUCAUCUCCAAACACCAGCCUGACUCCUGACAGUAGCCCAUCCCUGGCAGGAGGAAUUAAGCGGAAAGCUGAAGAUAGUGACAGUGAACCUGAGCCAGAGGAUAAUAUCAGGUUGUGGGAAACUGGUUGGAAGCAGCGCUACUAUAAGAACAAAUUUGAUGUUGAUGCAUCCGAUGAGAAGUUUCGGCGCAAGGUUGUACAGUCCUACGUGGAGGGGCUGUGCUGGGUCCUCAGAUACUACUAUCAGGGCUGUGCCUCUUGGAACUGGUAUUACCCUUUCCACUAUGCUCCCUUUGCUUCUGACUUCGAGGGUAUUGCAGACAUGCCUUCGGAUUUUGAGAAAGGCUCCAAGCCGUUCAAGCCCCUUGAACAACUUAUGGGAGUGUUUCCAGCCGCGAGUGGGAAUUUUCUGCCACCAACGUGGAGGAAGCUCAUGACAGAUCCGGAAUCAAGCAUAAUUGAUUUCUACCCUGAAGACUUUGCUAUUGAUUUAAAUGGGAAGAAAUACGCUUGGCAAGGUGUUGCGUUAUUGCCGUUCGUCGAUGAGCGACGCCUCAGAGCUGCCCUGGAAGAGGUGUACCCUGACCUCACCCCUGAAGAAAACAGAAGAAACAGCCUUGGUGGUGAUGUUCUCUUUGUUGGAAAACACCAUCCGCUUUGUGACUUCAUUGUGGAACAGUACAAGACCAAAAACACAGAGCCAGUGGACAUUCCCCCAGAGCUGUGCCAUGGGAUCCAGGGCAAGCUGACACUGAAUGAAAAUGCUGUUCUUCCAGACCAGACAGUUGAGUCUCCUGUUCCGAUGCUGCGUGAUCUUACCCUGAAUUCUGCAGUCAGCAUCUCCUUCAAAGAUCCACAGUUUGAUGAAAACUUUGUUUUCAAGGCUACGGUGUUACCGGGCGCAAAGAAACCUGCUCCAGUUCUGAAGCCAGGAGACUGGGAAAAAACCAACAACGAUGGCAGGCCCUGGAGACCGCAGCUGGGCUUCAACCGAGACAGAAAACCAGUGCAUCUGGACCCGUCAGCGUUCAGGGCUUUAGGCCAUACGAUGCCAAGGGAGAGAGUGAUGCCAGGAAUGUAUGCCAACGCAGUACCUCUUGGAGCUUAUGGGAGCCCCUACGCCAGACCGCUUCUGAGCGGGCAGCAGCAGAUUCCGAAGCUGUUGUCAAAUCUUAGACCCCAGGAGGCUUGGCGAGGUCCUACGCCCCUGUUCCAGCAGACACCACAAAGAUCUGCUGGGGCUGCUCCUCUCCUCCCCUGGAACCGCAUGCUGCAAUCCCAAAACCAGUUCCAGCCGAGCCAGUACCAGGGGCUGGGCGGACCCAUGGGCUACCCACAGAGACCCGAAGAUCGCAUGGACAGGGGCAGACAGGCCUAUGGCCCCGGGAGGCCCUACCCGCUGCCGCCUCCCUCGGGAAGAUACGGCUGGAAUUAGCUCCUGGCGACUUCCUUUUUAACCACAAAGUGUCCAGGCUUUUUGUUCUGUUCUUUUAUUAUCUGGGGAGGGGGG